GCCGUUUGACAGCCGCUUGCUGGAGCGAAAACGUCUCUGCAUCCAUUGCCCGUGCACGCACACAUAAACGAACCACAAAAGCAUCACAAUUCUCAAGAAAAGCAGGCAGGCCACCGCAUCAGCCAUUCUUUUGUUCCGUGAAGAGACCCUGGUCCAGUCGCUGCCGGCGCAGCUGUAUCGAUACCCUGCAGAAGCAAUCUAUUGCCAAACAGCGUACAUUGGGAGGCUGCUCGACGCCAUCACACACUCACAGACAAACCAAUACAGCAGCGCCGUGUCACACAUCGUAACGCAGCCAUCAGUGUAAUAUCAGAAAAACAAUGGACGAGGACAUCAAUCUCAGCCUGGAUGAGAUAAUCCGGAAGCGACAUGUCGCCCACCCGAAGGCCCGUCCCGCACCGGCCGGCGCUGGCGGUAAACAGCCCAAAGCCGUGGGCAGUGGUGGUCCGCGGGGCGGUGGUGCAUUCCGGGAGGAGAAUGGGGGAUAUCGCGGGGUCACCAAGCCGCGGCCGGUGGUGGACGCGCGGUACAAGAUCAUUCGCAACAAGCGCGCCAAAAUCCGGGACGCACGUGACCACCUGACCGAGCAGAAGCUCGGUCGGGCUGAGCGCUACCGGCAGCAGAAGCGGGGUCGCCAGCUGCUGGAGCAUGGCUUUCGAGCGCUGAUGCUGCCACCGUCACCGCUGCGCGGUGCAUUGGCCGCCCUGUCCUCCAACCAGCGGAACAUCGGCGGCUACGGGCCGGCCGAGCAUCUGCAGGUGCAGCUGCACAACCGCCGGCGCUACGUCGAGCCGGAGUACAUACCCGGUGUACACACCGGCAUGGUGUCACAGCCGGCGGCCCUGUCGAUGUCUGCCCUGCCGCACUUCCGUGGCAACCGUCACAUCUCGCUGAUGGACGUGGAUGACGAGGACAUGAACGACGACGAGGACGACGAGGACGACGAGGACGAGACGUACGGCAUGCUCGAGGUAGACCGGCUGGCGAUGAGCAAGUCGCUUGGAGGCGGUGGCGGCGGCGGCGGACUGCUGAACGCUUCCCGGACGCUGCACAACGAUAUGUACGCGCUGCCGAGCUCGAUUCCUCCGUUUCCCCGGUUCCGCACGGUCCGUGCGACCGGCAACACGAUCGCGAGCGCCACUUCGGCGGGCACCGCCGGCAGCAACGGUACGUCGAUGCUGAGCUACUCGGCUGCCCGGCCGUCCAGCUCCACCGUCCACUCGGACGACCCGUUCGACCACUACGAGGUGAACCAGCGGCCCAACAUGAGCGUACCGCCGCCGCCGCUCCCGGUCAGCAGCAGUAGCAGCAGCCGGCCGCUGCGCAGCAUUCUGCGCACCCGGCCCAGCACCUCGCCGCCACCGACGGGCAAUGGCGGCGCCGGCGUACCGGCCAACCUGUCGCCGAGCAUGCGGGCCCGGCUCGAGCGCGCCCCUAACCCGAAUAAGUCGAUGGGCAUCUUUGCGCACAAUUUCAAUGGUGAUCCACCGAUCAAGAGCUACCGCACCCGGUCACCCUCACCUCCACCGCCGCCCACACUGACCGCUGGGUACCGUAUCGUGGUGAGCAAUCUGCAUCCAAGCGUCACACAGAUCGACAUCAAGGAGCUGUUCGAAGACAUUGGCGAUCUGCUAGAGUCACGUCUGGUCCGUCCGGGCAUAGCCGAGGUGAUCUACCGCAAUCUGAAGGACGCCGAGCGGGCGGUGGACGCCUAUCACAACCGUCAGCUGGACGGACAGCCGAUGAACUGUCUGCUGGUGAAUCCGCGCGCCACCUACAAACCCACCGCCACCACAACAUCUACGGCGAUGAAGUAUGGGCGGUAAGUUGCCACGAGGAUGGGCCGGGGAGGAGGCCGCCAAAGCUCUAGACAUCGUUAGGGGUCGCGCAUCGAAUACAAACGCAUUUUUGUAUGGAGCGAGUUAGGAGAUAAGAUUUUAGGGAGUAAAUGACCGCAUGAAUAUUGCUAUCGAUAAAAAAGAAAGGUGAAUAUAGAAUGAAAGGGUAGAAUGGUUUGCAUCAUGGGCACGUUUGGCAGAAUUAGGCGAAAUGGAGGAGCCAGAUAGAGUAAAUAAACAGAAACGGCCGCUGAUACGUUCUUAGAAAAAGACGUUAGAGAGAUGGAGUAUUCCGUAGCAAAACAGGAGAUUGAAACACGAUGUCAUCAACAUGCCUACCCACACCGAGCGAAGAAUGCUCACGGGAAGAAGACGUCUUCACUGAUUAUUGCUAUCGAUAAAUAAGGAAA